UGUAGAUAAAUGUUUCAUUACCUCUGAUAUCCAACUUUAAUUACCAUAUUGCAGUUUCUAACCACUUGUUCCAACGGUUGCGGAAGAAUGGCUCCUCGCAAGGAGAAGGAGGCGAAGGCGUCUGGCGACCAAGCCGCCGAUAUGAUCCUCACCUAUCUUCGGAAGCAGAAUCGGCCAUAUUCAGCCAUUGAUAUCUCAGCGAACCUGCAUAACAAGGUCACUAAGACCGUCGCGGUGAAGGUCCUCAAGGACCUCCAUGAGCGGAAAACGAUCGAAGGCCGAGCGGCUGGAAAGCAACUCGUCUAUCACGCCAUCCAGACCACUACAGACGACUGCUCCCCCGACGCCCUCGCCGACCUCGACGCCCAAAUCACCACCCUCCGCGACGAAGUCACCGACCUGCGCUCCCAAUCAACCACCCUCAAAUCCCAACUCCAAGCCCUAUCAUCCGAGCAAUCCCCCACCGAACUCCUAACCAGCAUCGCGACGCGCGAGGCGGAGAAAGCGAGUCUGACGGCUAAGCUAGAGAAAUUGCGCGGCGGGGAAGUCGCGGCGGUACCGGAGGCGGAGCGGGUGAGGGUUGAGGCGGCGGUGAGAAAUUGGAGGGCGAUUGAGGGGCGGAGGAGGAAGAUUGCGGGGGAUUUGUGGGCGGAGAUUGAGGAGGGGGUUCGGAUGAGUGGGGGAGAUGUGCAGGAGUUGAAGGAACAAUUCGGGCUAGCGUAGGAAGGGCGGUUGUUUGAGGGGGAAAUGCUGGGUGGUGGUAGGAGUUCGAGGGGUUGUAUUGAUUCAGGGAGGGAAGGGGAUGUGAAAAGGGGCUGUAUGCUCUAUGUUCCGCAACGAAAUGACAGUAAUGAGGCAAACACGAUGUAAUAAAAAUGGAACCAAUGCAAUGACAAGAAAGAGGAGUGCCUGAAAUGAAAAUGAAAGGACCAUCUCAGCCGGCAAUCGCAGAUGGUGGGU